GUCGCGUGAGCAUGCGUGACUGUCGCGUGGGCAUGCGUGAUUCCGCGAUAGGCUGACUCGCUAUCCUUCGCUUCCUGCCUGCGGGGAUACUUUGUGGGAGUGAAAGGAAUGAACCUUGCUGAAGCUCGACUGGGGCUUUGGAAAAGCCUUGGGACCUUUGCAGGUUAGGGGGCCGCUGGAGCGUCAUCCAGAAGUGAGCUCUGGUGACGGUCACCGGCGUGGUGGAGAAGAAUCCUAGUGAGCCUCUUGGCUACCAUUGAAGUAAUAUUUGAGAACGCUUUAUAGAUACCACCUUUAGUCUCAGACCCUCCACCCUCCGGGAGCUGACAACCAUGAGUGACUGGAUGAAGAAAAACCCAUUAGAAUGGCAAGACUAUGUAUAUAAAGAAGUUAGAGUGACAGCCAGUGAAAAGAAUGAAUAUAAAGGAUGGGUUUUAACAACAGACCCAGUCUCUGCUAGUAUUGUCCUGGUGAAUUUUCUGGAAGAUGGCACCGUGACUGUGACUGGAGUCAUGGGACAUGCUGUGCAGACCAUUGAAAUUUUGAAUGAAGACAACCAGGAAGUGAGAGAGAAACUGAUUCAUAUGUUCAUGCUAGAAGAGAGUAAGGCCUACAGCCCUGAGGACCUGGAAAAAAGGAAGCUCAGCCUGAAGACUUGGCUGGAGAAGAAUCACAUCCCCAUCACUGAACAAGGAGAGUCACAAAGUACCCUCUGUGUUGCUGGGGUCCUGACCAUAGAGCCACCCUAUGGACCUGAAGACUGUAGCAGUUCAAAUGAAAUUAUUUUGUCCAGAGUUCAGGAUCUUAUCCAGGGACAUCUUAUGGCUUCCUAGUGAGACACUUAAACCUGUUGCUCAGCUUGUGGGAAAGACUUUCUUUUUUCUUUUUCGUGGUAAAACUUGUUGAAUGGUAAUCCCUUAAUCUUCUAGAGCUCUUUUGAGUACAUUCUGUGCUUUUGAAAACUUCUUUAGUGUGGCAAAUGGAACCACAGGGGUCCUAGUGGUACACUUUCUGCAUUUUGGAUGUAGGGGAACCAGGGAUGGGAGAGACUCACAGGCACAGAGGAACUUCUCUUUGUGGUAUCCCCUGUUUUAAGAUGGAUCUCCACUCUGCCUUUGUUAGCCAAGAGAUAGUGAGUAAGUACUAUGGGAAAUGUUAUCUGAGCCCAUCAAAAAGGUUGUUUCUGCCAAGCACAUCUUAUAACUUUGUUUUUUUGUGGGGAGGAGAGGGAAACAUCCAGAUCUGUGAUCUCAUGAAUCCCUGGGUCUUCUUUUCAUUGAUAUGUUAAAUAUGUCCUAACUUCUCUGUGCCUUCAAGGCUUAUGAGAGUUGCCUGCAGAUUCCUCAUGAAACUUAAUAUGUGUCAGAGGUAGGGUUUGAAGCAAGGGCUGCCAAAUUCUAGGGUCAUACUGCUCUGAUUUUAUUCACAUUGAUUAUUAUUAGUAUUUUGGCAAUUUUAUCAAUCAUCUCUAAUCUUAGUAUCAUUUCCAAAUUAGUUGUAGGACAGAAUAUAUUUUUAGGCUGAAACUUCUCUUUGUGUGAUCAUUAGAAAAUUCCACUGUCCUUGAUUCUUAUAAUUCCAGAGUUGUUUGGUGUCCUUAAACCCUACAAUCAGAUUUACUGGCUAAUAACAGCAAUGGAAAUUAUACUCAAAGAAAAGGAAGAACUUGAGUCCCCUACUACCCCCUCCCCCCAAAAAAGUAUUUUUUCUUUCUUUUUUAUUACUUCUUUAUUAUCAGACUUUAUUUGGAUCUAUAGAAAGAUUGCUCAAAGGUAGUCACUAAUAUCUAACAUAGGGAAAUGGUAAGCAGGUUUUUAUGUUUGGAGAUUAAUAAACUAAGGAGGAGGUUUCCUGGCAACUGCUAAACAGGUGGUUUAAAUAAUCGGUUUGUGAAUAAAACCUGAGGGCUCUCGGAUGAAUGAAUUGACUUUACCUUGGAAAGCUGCUUGACUGGAGAAUCAAGGUCUGGUCAAUACUAGGGACCUUUUUUUUUUUUAAUUAUUCUCCAAAGUUAGAAUCUCACACAUAAAUAACCAGUGGCUUGUGUCAGUAUCCAGGGUUGAUACUUGAAUGCCCUUAAUAGUGAGGGAUUGUUGAGUGACCUCCCAAACUCCUUCUAAGGCAAAGAUGAUAUGAUUUAUACAAGAAAGUAUUCAUUCCUGUGUUUGUCUCUUCUCUUCAGUGAUUCUUUUGGUGGCUCCUUUAUACCAAUGAUUCUCAGCUUCUUCAGUUUUUACAAGGUUUCUGAACUUCUAUUAUUCUUCCAAAAUGCUAUGUAUUUUUUAAAAUGAAAGAAUUAAAAUUUAUUUUGUUUUAAGAACUUUAUGACUUUUUUCAACCCUUCCCUUUCCAAUACACACACAUAGUGUCUUGGCACAUAAGCAGUCAUUGAAUAAAGCAUUUACUAAGUACCUCUUACAA